GAAAGUUAAAAAAAAAUUCUCCGCGAGGCCCUGCGAGAUUUAGCAUGGCGGAAGUUAGCGAAGUAAAAAUCCAAGAUGUUUGUUAUCACAAUGAGUGACAAUGAAAUAUGAAUAAAGAGAGAGAAAGUGUCAUACGUAAAAGUAAUAAAUAACAUUGUUGUUUUGAAGUAAUAUUAAUUUUUAUCGAUUAAGCAUUUAUUUGCGUAAUAUUUCUUAGUUAGACUGCUUAAAAGAAAGCUAAAGAUUUAAUAUAAUAAUUUGGUUGAAAUAAAAUGAAAAUGCUUGACUAAAUUAAAUUAGAUUAAUGAUUAGAUUAGGAAGGGGUAGUUCUAAAAAAAAAAAACUUACUAAAAUCUAGACUACUGACAUAUCCACUACUUUCCUGAUUAUAAGAAUAUUAGGUAAUUAGAUUAAUUGCCAACUCCUGUCUCUGUCACUGUUUAAUAAGCCAAGCUGAAUUAAAUGUAGUAGCCUUAGUCUUAGUAGCAGUAGACUUAGUAAUUAGUAGUAGUGCUUUUGUUGACACUAGAUUUUAGGUUACCGGUGCUGGUAUCUUAAAAUUAUUACAGGGUAAAAGUGCAGUUUAGGUGCUGCAUAUAGGCCUAUUAUUUCUAAUAGAAUUUUGUAUUUUCGCAUGUAAACUUCUGUGUAUUCUUAAUUAAAUUAACUCCGGGCAGUAAUAGUAAUGGUAAUAAGUAAUAGUUACUAACACUAAAUUGUAAAACACUAACUUCUAUUUGAUUUUUACAGCCCACAGUGGAGAGUAGUGAAAACAAUCUCCCCACUUUUUUUUCUAUUCUUCAUGCCAGACUUGUUCACAUAUAUGAGUUGGUAUCUGGUAUGGUCAAUGCAAUUUUCAAACUGACGGCAUGUUCACAAAAAAACGAAACUAGAAAUUAAAUUUAAACCCUUCCUUUAUUAUUCCACUGGGGAACGAGAUCAGACCAGGAACAGGGAACCACCAAAAACAGGAUCUCAACGGGUAUGACAUCUCAUCUGAAAACAUGUCAUUGUUGAAAGGGAUCCCAUCGGAGAAACAAGAACUCACUGGGCGCAGGAUUCCAUUACAAUCUCACCUCAUACUGAGAAAUGGUAUCACAACUGGGAAGGGAUCCAAACUGGAAAUGGGAUCCCUUUUAGAUCGUAUUUUAUUGACAUUUUUUUAAAAGGAGGAAAAAAAAUUUAAAUUAUUGUUGUGUUUUUUACAGGCCCCUUAAAUUUUGUGUAAGCUCAAAGGCUGAAGAAAUGUUCAUCCUGAGCAAAGCUGAGUAUGUUGGCUAGUGUAAAAAAACACUAAAAGUUUGAGUUCAAUGCCCUUCAUUACUGGUAUAUUAUGGAUAAUGAACUCCUUUUUCACCCAUGGAGGAGCCUUUGUUUGGAAUUAUAUUCAUACACUUAUAAGUAAAAGAUGAAUUUCGGGAACAAAAGGGAACAUAUAAUUAAGUUCAAAACACCCCAGUAUUUCUUUCUUUUUGUGAAUAUGCCUUCAGUUUAAAAAUUAAUUUAGCACACCAAACUCAUAGGUGAAAAAAUCUGGCACAUAGGGUGGGGAAAAAAACAAACAACAAAAUGGAGAGAUCCUUUACACUACCGACUAUGUAACAUUGGGGGCUGUAGAAAUCAAAAAAAAGGAAAAAUUAGUGCUGUAAAAGUUAGUGUUAGUUAACUAUUAUGCCUCGAUUUAAUUUAAUAAAGCAUACACAUAAGAAUGUAAUAAGUUUGUAAUGCAACAAUACGAAUUUCGAUCUGAAAUAAUAUACUCACCUGAACUGCCCUUUUACUCUAUUAUAGUGGGUACUUCGGUAAGGCAAGGGAGACAACUUCAAAAUUUGUAUGGGAAAUGGGCAUCAGCACAUAAGAAUCUGAGCUUUUAAUUGUUGAACAUUGGUGUUUUUUCAUUGAUGAAAUGACCAUUUUUGUCAUAAAAUUGUAGUAUUCAUCCACACAUUUACAGUAGUGGAUAUCUUGUUGGUACCAUUAGCUUUUAUUUCAUUUUCCUUUCAUACUGUUUUUCUCAGUCCUUUGUUAUGUAUUGUUUAUUAUGCAAGCGAAAUCUAGUCCACUGAGACAUUCUUCAUCCCUAGCUAUAUUUCAAGAUCAUGUGCACCCACCAUGUCUCUGGUUUACACCUACAAUCGAAAUCCCUGGUUUGCUCAUGUUUCCCUGGUCUGCUCAUAGUCAUAGCGCUUCUCUGGCCCGCUCAAUAAGAUGACAUGUGACAUGUAAAUCAAUCAACGCUUAAUGACAUUGGUCACUCUCUGAUGUUGGUGGAAGUCUAUUACAUCAUCAACAUCCGUUUGACAGCAUACAAUAAAUAGUACUAAGAGGGCUUACCGAGUAUUUUUAAUUCUUUAUGAAAAAUCGUAACAAUGGGAAUAUUCUGAAUACGCUUAGAUUUUGUUCCUCCAAAGUGGAGAAGUUGUUUAUAAUUUUUAAAAAUCUUAAAUAUGAUCACUGCUAAAUGUCCUUGAAAUUACAAACCUAAGUCAUCUAAGUUGGUUAAAGAAUUUGGUGUAAUUAUCUGUAGGCGGAACCUUUAUAAUAAUUAAAUAUUUUAUGUUCUUUUUAAACUUCACUUGGGAAACAAACUGGAUAAUAAUAAUAGAUAAUAAAACCUAACUGUGAGACUAUUUUGCUCUGUAUUGUUACAGUAACCUACCUGCAUUUUCAAUGGGAAAACAAUGUAGUAGUUACUUGUGCAUAUUUGCAAAGUUUUAGUAUUCUCUAAUAACCAGUAGCUUCUUUUUGCGUGCAUUUUGUUAAAAAUGUAAAAUCUGGUAGCUACAUGAGACAGGCUUGAUUUUGAUAGGAAAUCAAGUGAAGAGCUUUUCCGUACUAUCACAAUUAUACAAAUUAAUUUAAAUUGCCAAAUUGUUUUUAAUAAAUGACACAACUUUCAUUUAUCUAUUUCAGAUUAAAAGAGCAGAUGUUAUUGUUGUGGCAUUUAGGGGAAAGAUGGCUAGUCGAGCCACUCAAAGCCCUUCUCGUAUUCCAUUACCCGUGAAAACACCUUCCAGCCCAACUCCAGGACCUCAUGUAACUGCAAUUUUUGUCAAAGACAUUGCAGACGGACAUAAUAUAUCACCAACACAUUAUCAGCCAUCAAUAACUCACAGCAAGGAGAAUGGAAAUGUAAGCAAUGAAAGACAAGAUCAAAACAAUUUACCACUUUCCAGUGGCAAAGGAUUUGAAACAUUUCUCAUGACUGGAGAGAUGAUUAUUCAUACCAAUCCUCUUGCUACUCAAAAGAUUGUUCGACAAGACCAAGAAACUAAACCCAAGGAAAGUCAUAUACCUAGAUUAGGGCAGAUUGAUCAAAAACAGCCACAGCAUCAACAAAAAGUAGCUAAACCACAGCAGCAAGGUGUUGUUUCCUCACCUAAACUUUCUACAAAAUUGCCAGGACCAAUAAAGAACCAACAGCAACUUUAUUUGUCAUCUCUUCAUCAAAAUCACUCGCCACCACUUCCAGACAUGGCAGCUACAGCCGGUCAUAUUAGAGAGUUCCCCCUGGUUCAGGCACCCGUCGCCGAAAUGGAGGAACUCUCUGAUCUCUCUCAGUCAUCCUGUUCUGAGAGUGAACUUGGUUUAGGUAAUGGUUCACCUACUCCUCCACUAGGUCUUCCUGCACAUUAUCAUGCUGAGUUACCUCAGUCAAUACCCUUACAUAAUGAUGCCAUUAGGUUUGGUGAGUCAUUUGGAAAACUGCAUGAAACAUAUCAAGACAGCAACAACCUAAAGACUCCAUUAUUUUCAGAGCCACCUAGCUCGGGAGAUAGUGGAUUUGCCUAUGAUGGGCAUACGUCAGAUCAUGAGUUUCAUGACAGAGCCUUUGAUGGAAAUCAUCAAAUUCUUUCAAAGGAAAAAAGUUUUGUCUCCAAUGAAACUCUUACAGAUAGAGAGGGCGCAUCAGACAAUUCACUGUAUAACAUUGGACAGUCUGUGAAUGGGCAGAUUGAGACUCAUAGGCCAACAAUGGUUGCUAGCAGUAGUGGGGAAAAAUUUUCUGUUCAUGGUGGAGGGGAAAGACUACUGGUUCGUACAAGUAAGUCUCAUGAAAAUUACCUUCAGGCUGGGACAGGUAUAGCACUUGUAAGUAUAGAUAUUGAAGAUAAUUUAGCUUACUCUCUUGACACUCUAACUUAUCAUGACAGUUCAAACUCUUCCUUAGAUAAUGUGUCUUCGGAACCUGUGCAGACCUCCAGAAGUUUGGAUAAUUCUCCUGAAAAAAAGUCAGAGAAAUCCUCCACGGGGGAACGGGAAUUUAUACCAGGAUUUAUUAGCUUGGAAGAUACAAAACCAAUAAAAUUAAAGCAUACCAAACAAAAAGAUGAGGAUAAUUUUGUCACACACAUUAACUUGACUGAUGGACAAAAAAAUGAAAUUAACAAUUCAGGGAAUUUCCUAACAAAUUUAGGUGCUGCCUCACCUUCGCGCAGACAUAAUGGCACACAUAGGGAUAGAAAUGAAGAGAGACCCAGUGGUGAUGGACUAUCUAGAUCAAUUCAGGACACUUCUUCCAGUGACCCCCUGCAACUCAGUGUUUUGAGUGAUGAUUCGGAUACAGAUAGUUUGUAUCACCAGCCCAGCAAAGCUGUUGACAGACCUAGUGCUGAACGGCUAGCCAAGAGAUUAUUUAACCUGGAAGGUUUCCGUAAGUCAGAUGUCUCCAGACAUUUAUGUAAAAAGUAAGUUGACUGAUUUAUUUCCAUUUUUGUAUCCCUCGUCGAACUUGGUAAUUAAUAACCAUUUCCUUUAGUUGAGAGUUAGUGCUUAGUGUUCCCCUGGUUAGUGUAAGCAAAUGAAUGCGUCAUAAAUAUAAAUAGUGCCAAGAGAUAUAUUAGACUGUGUCACGUUCUUCUAUGAGAAUGUUAACUUGCUAGAUAAAUACAAGGUAAAAAGAAUAUUAUUAUUGAAAAUAGUAACUAAUUCUAUAACACUUCAUUAUUUUACUUGUAAAGUUAUUGGUACCAAUUCAUUAGCUUUAUGAGAUCUUAAUAUUUACUUUUCCCCUCACAUUAGGAAUGACUUCAGCAAUCUUGUUGCAGAGGAGUAUUUGAAGUAUUUUGAUUUUAAUGAAGACACGUUAGACCUCGCGCUCCGAAAGUUUUUGACACAGUUUUCAUUAUAUGGAGAAACUCAAGAGAGGGAACGUGUUCUGGCUCAUUUCUCUAGAAGGUUUAUGGAGUGCAACCCAGGAUCUUUCAAUUCAGAGGGUAAAUAUCAUAAUCAGGAAUGCUAAAGAUUUUUAUUGUGUAUUUAUAACACUUACAGAUACAACAUGUGCUAUUAUUUUAACAUAUUUGUAUAUUUUAAAAUGAAUACUUGUGCAUUGCAGAUGCUUGUCAUACUCUAACCUGUGCAAUAAUGUUACUGAACUCGGACCUUCACGCUCCAGUAAGUAGUAAAGUACCAGUAAAACUAAGCUUAUUGUGUUCUUGAAAUGCAAUGUUAGGCAAGAAAUACUCAAUCAUAGAUAUAAUUUUGCUUAUAAAGAGAAAAAACAACCUUGCUUCUGAUGUGAACUUAACUUUCUUUUACAGAAUGUAGGAAGGAGAAUGACAUGCCAGGAAUUUAUUGAAAAUCUUGCUGAACUGAAUGAUGGAGAGAAUUUUUCCAAAGAGGUUCUUAAGGCAAUUUACCAGGCUAUUAAAAAUGAGCCUAUAGAGUGGGCUAUGUAAGUAUUAUAUUUAAUAAUAUUAUGGUGGAGAAGCACCACAAUAAAUGGUCUUGAAUAUUUUUUUUAAUAAUAAGAUAUGAUUAAGGUUUAUAUGAAUAAAAUUUAAAAGUUACAUGUGUGUAGAGUUUGGAUUGUUGGUUUUAGGUGAUUUAAAUAGGCAGUAAUUUAAGUGUUGCCUUGUCCGUUUUUUAACAAAAUGUCCACCAACCUUUGUCUGCAUGAUUUUUAAAAAAAAAACAAGUUCAGCUAAUUUUAUUUAUAAAUUAAUAUAUUUAAGGCCAAUUUUCAAUGUUCAUUUUAGCACCAUUAUUAUUUAUCCGUACCGGUACAAAAAAAAAAAAUAUUUCAUUCAGGUCGAACAAAGCCGGGAGAAAUAUGUAUAUUUAUGAACCUGUUAUGAUGAUAAUAUAGUUUGAUAACAUGAUAGUUUAGUCUGAUCCAUGUUUUGCUUGAUUUUAAUUUAAAAAUUUAACUUUUCUCAUGGAUAAUUUCAGACCUUUUUAACCCCAAAUGAUUUUCUUAAUAUUCAAAGAUCAUAAAGGUUUUAGUCAUUGAGAAAAUAUUGUUGUCUAUUUUACCUAAUAAUAUACCAACCCAAAAGCAUUGUGCUUGCUAUUUGUGAGUUGACAGACAGUGUCAUUUGCAAGUUUAGAAAUCAAUUAGAAAAGUUAGAUCUACCAAAUUUCCAACUGGUAUUAUUUUUAUUUUUUUUUGGCCAAACUUUACAUUGCUGAUAUGUUCAAGCUUCCUACAAAAAUUAUAUUUUUGCACCUGUAAGUGAAAUUAUCCUUUUUCUUACUCAGUGAUGAGCUCCCUCCUGAUAUGGAAGGAAAUCAGUUGCAAGAUCAGAUUCAAUCUUCACAGGCGCCAUCGCCUCAAACUUUAGGUAGUAAUCCAUUCCUUGAGGUGAGCUUUUUUCCAGGUCAAUAUUUUUACAGCUAUAGAACUCAUUAGUUGUGUAGAGGUGUCAAUAAGUACACCAUUGUUUCAAGAUGACUGUCAUACGCUGGCAAUUCACACAUAUUAAUUAUCAAAGGGUUCAAAUGUAAAAUUACUAAUGAAUCAAAUUUAUUUUUUUAGCCUUCAUUAAGUUAAAUAGUUUUUUCACCGCACUGUUCUAGUUAAUGAUAGCCAACAAUGCUAAGUGUGGUUGGUAAAAUACUUACUUCACUUGUCCAGAAAUAUGUAUAUGCUUUACAGUACAGCUAUGCAGGCUACGCAAUAAUAAAUUAGGUAAAAUCACACCUUAUGCUUUGACUGUUUUGUAACUGAUUGUUUGAAUUUGUUGUGCAUGCUACAGGUACCUGAUCCAAACAAGACCACAGAAUAUAAAAAAGGAUAUGUCAUGAGGAAAUGCUGUAUGGAGCCAGAUCGAAGAAAAAGUACAUUGGGCUAACUUUCCCUAUUAUUGCAUUUUAAUUAACCUUAUUGCUCUUAAUUAACCUUAUUGCUCCUUGACAAGAUUAAAUUCUCUAAAUGGUAGAAACAUGAAUAUAUUUUUAAAGAAAUUUUUCCCAAUCUCAAAUUUAGAAAAUUUAAUUGGAAAGACAGAAAUCAUAGGCAUAGCCUAAUCUUUCAGUAUCUUAUAUCAAAUAUUUUAAUUUCAAAACUUCUUUCAUCCAAUUUUUUAUUUAGCUCCUUUUGGAAAGAGAGGAUGGAAAAUGCUAUAUGCUGUUCUCAGAGAUAUGAUUCUUUACCAAUAUAAAGAUGAGCAUCAGUUAAAAAAGGGACAUUUUGUUGAAAGUUCUCAAAAUGCCAUUCGCAUCCACCAUGCACUUGCUACUAAAGCCACAGAUUAUACUAAAAAGCAGCAUGUUUUUAGGCUACAAACAGCUAAUGGGGCCGAGUAUCUAUUUCAAACAGGGUAAGUCAUUGUUGAGUUGUAUUUAUUUUCAUUAGAGCACCAUAUAGAGUAUGACCAUAUUAUUCAACUGAAAGGUAUUAUAACGGAAACUUUUUUUUGUCAGAAGUUUCUGUUUCAUAGAAAUCUGUGGGUAUGUUUCCCCUUCAUUAGCAUUUCUGCACAGCACCACCAUGCAUUUUAUGCAGGUUCAUGUAUACCACAAAAAGUUGCUUUUUUUUUAAUGGAUAUGUAUGUUAAUUUAUACUUUUUGGGGAGGAGGAUGCCUAAAUUCAUGCUUUGCCCCUGGUUCAACUUUUGUUUGGCACUGCCCUGACAAAGACAACAAUCUCAAUAUUGACCAUCUGUAUAGUAUUAUCCACAUCACCUCCUAGAUAGUCAUAUACUGCUUUAAUUUAGGGUUUAAUUUCUGCCAGGGACAGCAAGGAACUGCAGGAAUGGGUGGACACAAUAAAUCUUGUAGCUGCAUCAUUAUCAGCCCCUCCUCUCCCAGGAGCUGUUGGAUCAAAGGCAAAAUUUCAGAGGCAGCUUCUGCCUGCAUCCUACACAAGAUUGAAUUUAGUAAGUAAUGUGGAUGUUAAUUUUUUAAAUUUUUUUAACACAAAAAUUAAAAUUUAGUUUUUAAUUUUGUAAUCGUACGUUUUGAUUAAUAUUUUUGAAUACAAGUCAUUAAUAUUGAAAUAGUUCUUGAAAUGAGAGUAAAAGGCCUCAGAUUUUUAAUACUGGUUAUUUAAACACUAAAAAGGGGAAGUUUUCUUUAAUUAUUGUAGUAACUUCACUUUUGAAACAAAUUAUGUUUUAUGCUGAAUUUAAAAAUGUCUUAAUUUUUAAAUUCUUAGCGAGAGCAGUUACACAGCCAUGAAACAAAAGUGCAAGAUUUAGAACAAGAGCUACAUGCACAUAGAGCAGCAGCCCCAGAGAAAGGGGCUAAGUCCUCUGUUAUUCAGGAUUACCUUGAAAAAGAGAUGUAUUUAGAAUUCGAGGUUAGUAUACAAUUUUAAAAUCGUAUCCAUCUGCUAUGGUAGACAUUUAAUUGAACCUAAGCCAAAUUUCAUGAGUGAGAAGGGAAAUCUCCACCAAAAUUUUUUUUCACUUAGUUAAAAUUAAUUUUUAAAAUAAUUAUCUUUGUGUGCAAUAAAGGAAAUACACUAAAGUGAACAAAAACAAUUUUUUAAAAAAAAUUGCAGUGAAUGAGAUACAAUAACUCAGCACCAAUAUUUGUUUACUAACCUCAGUUUUCUGCUAAAUCAAAUCAUUUUCUCCUCCUUGUACAGUUGAAACGCUUCAAGACCUAUGGUUACCUGUUGCUUGGUAAGCUUUCCGCAUUUCCAGAACUAGAACCAUCAUUAGUAGAGACCACUAUAGGAGAAUAUGAAGAAAUGGGUGCAGGACCCACUAGAGCAACACCAUUACAGACAGCCAUUAUCAUAGGAGGAGCAAAGCAAGGUGUGGCUACCAAACCAGUCCAGAGGAGCCUGUCUGAUAGGUACAGUUAUCGUGCUGCUAUAUAUCAAACUGACCGUGUCGAGUAUGACAUGGUCUGACAAAAUGAACAGUUUAGGAUCAUUUUGAACACUUUUGAAUUUAACGAAAGGGGAAAUGAAAGUUCACCAGCUUGCAAAAAAAAAAAAAAAAAAAGAGAGAGAUUUAUCAGAGUGAAAGUCCCUAACCACAAUGCAAUACCCUUUUUUGUGUGUGUAUUUUAAAUGUUUGACACUGUGUUUACUUACAAUGAGAUUUAGCAGACACCCUAUCGAAUUAGAAUUAUUAAUUGAUAUGACACCUAUUGGCCAUACACUAACUACCUAGAUACCAUAACAAAUGAGAGCAUUAAUGGAUAUGACGUAUAUUGGCUAUACACUAGCUAAUCAGACCAGGGGGAUGUGAAGGGGGCCAACUGCCUGGGCGCCAUCUUCAGAGGGCGCCAUAAUUGUCAUUUUUCAUGCAAAAUAUGUAUUUUAAUUUAUACUUUUGGGGAGGAGGAUGCCUAAAUUCAUGCUUUGCCCCGGGUUCAACUUUCGUUUGGCACUGCCCUGACAAAGACACCCUAUCAAAUGAGAGUAUUGAUAUGAGACCUAUGGACUAUACAGACUACAUAGAUAACAAUACCAAUGAGAGCAUUAAUAGGUAAUAUGACAACUAUUGGCCAUACACUUUGAAUUAAAUAUACCGUAGUUUGUUUACCUCACUAUUAGGAAAUGAGUGGUCCUAACAGUUUUAAUCAUUAAUGUCAUAAAAUGCUCCCUGUGCAUAAAAUACAUUAACUUGUUCCUGACAAAGUAAUAGCAUUUUAAAACCCUGUCCUUAAAUUUGAAGUGUCUCCCUCAAUUACAGACAAAUUUUAUGAAUAGAUUUAUUGUUCCCAGUGCUGAUAACAUUUUCAGAUACAUAUUUGUUUUAAACCAGAGAAAAAAUUCCCCAUAUAAUAAACUACUCUGUUUUUGAUAUGAUCAUGUUAUUGACACUGUUGUAUCUUGCUCCAAAACUUACAUGGUGUCUAUUGAAGAAACAAGUAUUUUUUGUAUGGCUCAAAUACUGACUGAGAAGUGACAGUUCAAGCUUUUACUGCAUCAUCUUCCAUGACUGUGUCAUAAGCGAAUGGAUUGUUUGAUACAUAGUGCUAUCUUCUAUAUGUUUUAAUAUCAUUUAUAUUAUUAAGCUAAUAUUUCUUUUAGUGAUGAUAUUUUAAAUCUAAAAACAUAAACAGUGCUAACUAAAUUGUUACAUGCUGAAAAUAACUGAAUAUCUCUAACUCUGUGGAAUUUAACUUCUUUCCUUGUGUUUGUUUUUUAUAAAUUCAUAAACUCCUGUUUAUAUGUUGGUUUUUAUUUUACCUCUCCUGCUUCAGUCUGAUUAGGGUUGGUUUUUGUAAUUGUAAAUGCUUUAUUUCUCUUCACUGCUCAGAAAAUAUUUCGCUUACACAUGCGUUCCAAAACCCUCUCAAUGACAACCAUUUUUUAUCACAAUCCUGAUUUUUCAAUUGUGAAAUAUAUUUUAAGGGAUUAAAAAAAAAUGUUCAUUACUUUGAUAAGUUGUCGUCAUGUUGUUAAUUAAAAGUUUUAUAUAGUUCAAGUUAAUAGUCUUUAAUUUUAUUUUUGUCCAAAAAAAAAUUACACAUUCUGUUUAGAGAUAGCGUUAGUUGUUCUUGAGAUUGUCAACAUGCUAAGUUAAGGAGUGUAUCCCAUUCAAUUAUACUGCUCGCAAAAAGGGGGAAGCAUAAUUUUAUAAAACAAAAAUAUUUCUACUAUGGUCCUAUAAUUACAUUGAGAUGUAUGUUGGGCAAUUUUAUUUUUUUUAACCUACUUUUUAAGUAUACAUUUGUAGAAAUAAAACACUGUACGGUCAACAAAACAGCAUGAUUGAAGAAAAGAUCAAAUAUAAUUAUAUGGUCCCUCUUGAUAAUACGGCAGAUUAAAGGACAGCAAAGAUAAUGAAAUAUAAAAUAUUUAAAUGCAUUUAACAAAAAAUACCUUACAGAAUAUGUCAUAUAAUUGAAUAUAAUAGGUUAAUAUGAAUUUAUAAUUUGAGUUUAUUUGAGUCACAACUGACGAUUUUUUUUUCAAACUACUAAACUGAACUUACAUAUUUAUUGUAAUAUCUUUUCUGCUCCUGAUUAAACAGGCUAAUUUUGUGACGAUGAAAAAAAAUUUAAAUCCCUGUACACUUCAAAUCAUGUAGUCCAGUUCCUGCACACGUUCCUAAAUCCGUCUAAGUAUGCUAUUGUAAAUUAAAUAAAUAACAAAAGCAAUAAGCAUUAAUUAAACAAUUAGAUAUGUCCAAUGUCAUGACAAAAUUAAGUGCACCAAAAUUCCAAUAAUGAGUAUCGUGGGUAUUUGCAAGUACACUAUCCGUUAUCUGUUAAAGUGUAAAAUAUAACUUAACUAAAUGAUUUUUGUCAGUGUAUUUUUUUUUAAAUUAUGGGAAAGUUAACAAGAAAAUAUUUUAACUACUUUCUUUAUUAUUAAGAUAAAAAUUGAGGAUAUAUGUUAUACACAUAACUUUACUGUUGUUAAAUGGGAGGUAUGCUGCCAUGUUUCUCUUGCUUCAACUGGGAAUAUUUAACUAUGGUUAAUUACCAUAAAAUUAAUAAUUGAUAAAUAUGCACCAAAUUUUGCUAGAUUAAAAGCAAAAAAUCCCCCCUACUCCCCAUUUCAGCUCUUUAUUAUCUGAAUGCCAUAUCCAUACCAAAAUAUAUAUAUUUUCCCAAUGAAGUUAAGAAUGUUGGUGAAACAAAAGACAUGUAAGACCUAUUGUGUUCACAUCAGGUUGUUUUUUUUAAUUCAACAUUGCUUAAAAUGUAGGAAUCAGUAUAAAUUCCACUCUUGUAUCACAUAGAAGAUUUUUUUUUGUUGAGUCAAAUAUUUGUUUCAAAAACAUCUCAAAGAAAAAAGUAAAAUAGUGCAAGUUUAACUUUGCUGUAAUUAUCUUUGACCUUUUCUAAAAGGGUCUGCCUAAUAUAGGGUGAUGGUGCUCACUAAUGCUUCUGAUGUAGUUUUAUCGCUUUAUUGUUUUUUUUUAUACUCUGGUUUAAAUAUUACAAAAGUACAACUAUACAGCUCACCCAAAUCACAUUGCUUUAAAACAAAUAAUAUUCUAAAAUUGAAAUAUAACAUGUUGAGAAUUAAAACGUUGUGUUUAUAAACUUUAAUUUAAGACCGAAACAAUAUAGUUUUGUGAGAAGCCCUCCCUAAUUUAUAUUAUUUUCAACUAAAGCACUUACAAUUGUAAGUUUCCCUUUUAUGAUAUCUUUUGAUUUAUGCUGUCGUUUUGUUAAAUAUUUAAUUUUAUAGUGUAUAGAUCAACUGAGUAAAUAAAUAUUUUUUCUAUAACAUAAUGUAAUUCGUAUACAUCACACACCUAUAUCUGAAAAUUCAGCCUUUAACUUUAUCAUGGAAUGUAUAUGCACAGUUAUGUUAUUUCAUGGUGCUCAAAUUUUUUAAUUUUUUAAACAAUAUUUGCGUUGAAAAGCUUCAUUGAGUCUAGUUAAUAUAUCUUUUAUUUUCUAGGUAACUGUCCUACUUUAAAGAAAGGUUUGGAUCUCAAAUGUACUCUUUUGUAAAUGUCCCAUAGCAAUGUCUGGAAUGACACUUUUGUGUGCUGUACUAAACAUAGUAGCCUAGACAAAUCUUAAUGGAAUGUUAAUCUAGGUCAUGUUCUACAAUAUUUUGUAAAUUCUAUAUAAUCUUCUUUGCACUGAUGAUCUAACAAAAAUUGUUAGACAAAUUCACAGCAACCCCAGUCCAUCAUUUAUUGGCCUUAACCUUGUAACGCCACAGCUACAUCACCUCAAACAAUCUGCUUUUUUUCUUUAGCCAACACCAUUAAUUAACCAGUGUCUGCUGCUCAUUUUUUUUAAAAUGAUUUUUGAUAAUAGAUUUUAAGGAUGCUACAUGAAAUGUUGAAUGCCAUUGAACUUAACUUUCUUUUCAGUUGAGUAAUCUCUUAAAACUAAAUUAUUUCAUGUCCUGUAACUUAUAGGGUUUUUAAAAGACUGAUGGGCAAAAUCAGUGUCUAAACCUCCUUUUCUUUUUUUGUUUCCUCUAUGUAUUUCUCUUAAGCAAUAAUUUGUAAAUAAAUAAUUUGAUCUGUGCGCAUUACAUGGACCUUUGCUCAGUUCCACUUUGCCAAUAUAUUUUAAAUCUUGACUUAGUUAACAUAUUCUUUCCAGAAAAAAAGUUUAACUUCAACCUCUGGAUUAUGUUAUUUAGACACAAAACUCAGUUUAAACAAAACACCUUCUGGCAACAAGAAUCAUGAUGUCAAAGGUUUAUUUGGUCCUAAGAAAUAAAAGAUUUGUUGUUUUUUUUUGGUUGAUUUGAGAAGACAUUGUCAGGUUGAGAUUUAAAAAAUGCAGAAUGAUUUUUUUUUAAAUUUCAUCUAUUUUACAGCUCCCCGAAGGAGGUGUGAAAUAAACUGUACAGUGUAAAAUAAAUAUUUUAAACACAUUCUCUAAAAGAAAAUCUGACAGUGUAUGGUAUAUUUUUAUCCUCAAAUUGUUACCAGGCCUUUCAUAUCAUUGAAUCAUUAAUAUUGCAUGUUUUUCUGAUUCUCAUUGGUAAAUUUUCUAAAAUAACUUUUGCAAUUUGAGAAAACGAAUGACUGUAUUUAUAGGUAGCAUUCUAUGUUAGAGUAAUAUCUGUAUGCAGAAGAAUAUAAUUUGAAAAACACUUGCAUAGAUGUAUUUAGAUUUAUUUAUAAAUCUUAGACCUCGCAAUGUUAAUGUUAUGAGCGAAAAUAGGAUUAAGAAAAAAAAAGAAAUAUUUGGGUUUGUUAGUUUUUUUUGUUUAAAUUGUUCACAUUUUCAAUAAAUAUGUUUUUACAGUUGUUUUAAUUUUAGUCAGGGUUUUUGUUCGUUUAAAUUUAAAAGUAAACGCCAGGCUAAUUUCAUGGAUUUCUAAUACUUAAUAAGGAAAAACUCAUAGAUUGGAUUUAUUUACUUGUUUAGUUUGUUGUCCAUAUAUGCGAUAAAGUAUUAAAAUUAACCACGAUUACCUAAAAAAAAAAAGAUAAAAAAAUUGUGUGCAUGUUGAAUUAUCAUUAACUUAAAAGGUUGUAGAAAUUAACCCUCUUGAGACAGAGCUUGUUGGACUAGCCUCUUUAAGAAGCCCUCUAUACUAGCCCUGCACUUACUUUGCAAAAUAAAAUAAUAAAAAACAAUUUACUUUACAAAUAUAAAUCUAUAUAUACUCUUAUGAAGUAAAAUGAGAUCUAGGAAUCAAAGUGAAAUCUCAACAUUUACCCAAAUUAGAUAUCCUGAUUUGCAUAAUUUAUGCAUGCAGUUUUUUCUUUUUAAAAUUUGCAUUUAGAAUAAAAUUGUUUUAUUUGCUGAAUUUUUUUUAUGUUAUUGUUGAAGCCUAAGUCCUAACCCAUAUUUGAAUGAGAUUCAAUGUGAAAAAAUGCAGCGGGGGCUGCUUAUGCCUUUUGGCCUAUUUCAAGGUCACACUUUUUUAAUCAUUUAUAGGGCUCAGUAGGUACAAAUUUUCUUAUAUAAAAUGGCAGAACACCGUAAAAUAUUAAUGGAAAGUCUCCCCUUAAAAUGGCAAGCUGAUCAAGAAAUGCAAAAAAUCAAUCCGAUUAGCUGGUACAAAGACCAGCCAGCCAAUCCCUAGGCUUUUCAUAUCUGGCCGUGAGCUCGGCCUUUCAUCUUUUUAGCCAUAACACUCUGGGCUGUCUCAAGAGGGUUAAUAAAGAAAUAUUAAAGAAAUUAAAUAGAGCAAAGUUGAGACAUUAAAGUUUGUUAGUGCAAACUUAAUUUUUAGUCAAAAAAUAGUUUUUGUAAAAUAAAAUAUCUAUAAGGAAUGAUUUGUUUUUUUAUAAAAAAAAUAGCUUUUUGAAAAUAUUGAUUGUCAUGAGUUUUUUCAGAGAUUUAUUUUUCAAAAAACAUUUAAUUUAAAUAAACAGAAUAGUUAAAACCAUAAAUAUUUUAAGAUUCUUAAGAACCUUAUUUUUUUUAUCGGCAAAUUAAUUUUAAAAGUCCCAGUCUUCAAACUUCAUUUUCUUUACAUCAUGCUAUAAAAAACACAUGAAAUUUAGAUUUUUGCCUUUCAAAUAACAUUGUAUGCUUAAAAGGGGAGUAAGAAUUGGAUGCGGUGUAACUUUUUUGCUUGCUAUGUCUUUAGUGCACCAUGACCUGUUUUUAUUUGUUUUAGAAAUUAAGCAAAAUACAUUCUACAGGGGAAGAGCUUUAACUCUCCAAAACAUUCCGGACUACAGCAUUAAGCCUAAUCUUUAACAAAAUGUUUUUUCCAAUAACAUGUAAUAAUUUAACCCUUCAAAUGACCCCAAAAAGAUUUAUAGUAAUAUGAUAGAUAGAUCGAUAGAUAGAUUAGAUAGAUUGAUUAGAUAGACAGAUUGAUUGAUUGAUUGGAUAGGUUGGUUGAUUAGAUAGAUCGAUUGGAUAGUUAUAGAGAGAUGUAGAUAGAUAGAUAGAUAGAUAUAUAUAUAGAGAUAUAUAUAUAUAUAGAUAGAUAUAUAGAUAUAUAUAUAUAAUAGAUAUAUAUAGAUAGACAUAUAUAUAGAUAUAUAUAUAGAUAUAUAUAUAUAUAGAUAUAUAUAGAUAUAUACAUACAUUACAGUAAAAAUAAAAUUAAAUCCAGUUUUACUGGGGACUUACAUUGUUGCUAGUAUUUAAAGGGAAGAGAAAAAAAAUUGCUGUUAAUUACAGUAACACUUGAUGUAUAACCCUAAAUAUGUUUAUUUUCAUGUAUUUACAUUUUGGUGUGGUGUGAGGAAUGAAGGAUUUUGUCUUUGUAUUUAACAGAGGGUUAGUGAAAGCUUUUAUCGUUAGCUCUAACUUUUGUUUUGUUAAAUUUUUAAAAAACUUUCUUCCUUAAAAUAAAUUUGAUUUCAAUGCUGGUCCCAAUUAGUGGAUGUAAAAGUACUGUGAUUUGCGUUGGUCCAGUCCCUGAGCAUCAACUAUUUAAAAAGCAGACGGAUUCUGUUCUCUUAUUUUUAUCAUAUGUAUAGUAUUUGUAAAACUGUUCCCCCAUAAAUUGUAUUUAUGUUUUUUAUAUAAAUUUAGUUGUCCCAAUGCAUGCAUUUAUUUUUGUUUUGAUGAGUUGGUUGCAUUGCUUUUUAUGUUUGAAUCGCUACAACUCUAGUCUUAAUUUUGCUUGUUUCUUUUUGUAUGGCUAGUUACACUUUUAAAUAAUUUUUUUUUUUAAUUAAAAAAAUCCAAAUGAACUUAAAUUUCACAUUUAAAUUUAAUAGAAAUUUGUAGACUAGUUUUAAGUAAUAAAGUGUAAAUGUAAAAUUAAAAUAGGUGACUAAUGUUACUGGAAGCUUAUGGAACUAUUAACUAAUCUGUAAGACAUACACUAAGCAUCUGUUUUGAAUAUUACUACAUCGUAGAAUAAAUUUAUUAAAGCACUGACACAUGUUAUGAACUGUGUUUGCUAAAGAUAAAAGAUAUGCAUUUAUCAUCACUAUAUGGAUCUAAUAUAAACAUUUAAGAAACUGUUGUCUAAAUGUAAAUAAGAUAAUGUAGUUGUUUUUUUUUUAAGAUUGUCCUUCAGUAUUUUAGAUUUGAUAACUAAAUCUAUCUCUUUUCAGCAGUCAUCCAGCAAAACUGUUAUUUUUUAAAACUAAGUUUAUUGAUAUGUUAGAGUGUUUAUAAUUUCUAUUUUCAAAGCAAGUAUACUCUUUUUCUUUUUUUUUUAAUUUCUUGCCAGUUAUAUAUCUAUAUGCAAAAGUAUUCAAAUGUAUCUAGGAAAACUACUCUUUAAAAAGACAUGCUUAUUUAUUACUGUAAUGAUAUAUGGCAAGAAAUGUAAAUAUCAAAGUAAGGCUAGUAGAAAUUUGUUUUUUAAAUUAUUUUUUUUGUAGAAAUAAAAUAUCACCUUAAAAUAUAUUUUAUACACAAACUGUAAUAUACUUGAAAAAUUACUUAACAAAUAAAGGCUUUUGCAUUCAAUAUAAAGUAAUUUAAAAUUGAGUAUAAAAAAGUAUAAUACCGUAUACAAUUUGUAUUUGCGUUAACACGGGACCCAGAGUCCUCUUCUUGAAAUGAAAUGGAAAGCCUGAAGUUAUACAGAUAAACUAUGUAUGUCCUCUGAUGUCUAACUUACUGGUGAUCGUUUCUUUUAAAGUCUUAUUGCAACAAAGUGGUACACAUUUUUAAAAAAAAGCUCUUGAUGUUAAUAAGUUUCAAUGUGCAAGAAAUGCAUACAUUUAAAAUUAUUGUUCCAUGAGAAUAUAUUAAUGUUUAUAAAAAAUAAUGUCCCAUAUAUGUUACCAAAAAUAUUUGUCCAGCAGGUUGUGUCCAUAGGACAAGACGGAAAGAAAGAAAUAGGGCUAAAGAAUGGUUCUUCAAAAAAAAAAAAAAAAAAAAAAAAAAGAUGUUUUAAGGAAAAAUUUCUAUUCUCCAGAUAUGGUCUUUUUAUAAUUAAUUAAAGACACUUAAAAAUUUAUUUUUAUUUUGUCUCCACAUUUUGACUUAUUUAUUUUAUAUUUUUCAUUACUUUUAUCUUGAGGUCAAUUGUUUUAGAAUUGUUGAGAUAUUUCACAGAGGUCUUUGCCAUUAAAUGUGGCAUUUGUGGAACCUAGUGGCUAUCUAUGAAUGAUGGCUAACCAAAUACUUACCCAAUUGUGUAAUAGUCUUGAUUCAAAUGAUAAAAAAAACUAUUAUUCGUGUUAAUUUUUGUACAUGAAAUAUAAUUAAUAUUUGAUGUGCAUUUUUCAGUGUUGAAAUUGAAACAGUAAAAAAAAAAUUAUAUUGUUUACUGACACAAAGUGUUAAUCUUUUUAUUAUGUAAGAUAGUAAAUGCUUCUUUAAUAAAUUUUUUUUUCCCAAAAAUAAACAAAAUUAAGCCUGGAAAUAUUAUAAUUGGACUUUUUCCCUUCUCUCAUGGGACGUAAAAACUGCUUACAGAAUAUAAGUUUGAGAUUGGUUAUUUAUCUUGUAUCAUCCUGAGUGGAUGCAAACAUAAAUUUACAUUAUUUGAUGUGUUAUCAUUGUGCUUCUACUACCAAGCACACCUUGAAUUUAGAGAAAUAGUUCAGUACAGUGUAGUAACCUAUUUAGCUUGUCCCAUCCACGCUAUAAUUGUUAAAGCUAAAAUUAUUGUAUCAUUUUUUUUUUUGGUUUUUUUUUUUGCCUUUUAAAAAAACUUUAAGUCAACCUAUUUUUGAUGCAGUUGUUAUUGAGCUUCUUUGGUUGGGAUGGGUAGAAUUUGAAGCAUAAUGUUUCUCACAUUUGCUGAUAUCCCAGCAGCCUUUUAAGAGUCUUUUUUGACAUCUAUAUAAACAGUAUAGCUUUGGCAGUCAGGAGAUUUCCAAUUCCAUUCACUAAUAGUAAACACAGCGACAGUAUUUUCUGUGAAAGGUGGGUUGUUUUUUUUUAGAAUAUAUUACUGUAUUUUUGUUUCAUUCGCGAGAUAUAUGAAUCAAGAGAGAAUUAAAUUAAUUUUUUCUUGAAGAUCCCAUGAAAAUUAAUGUAAAUUUAUAUAAUAACCUUUGUUCCUCUCAAUUUGCAGUCCUAUACACAAAAAUAUUGUAUUGUUGAUAGAAGAGAGAGAUGUUUUAAAAAGUCUGAAGGCCUUAAGCUAUUUUACCCUUAAAUAUCUGCAUCUCUUUAUAUUUUAUGCUACUCAUUUUUAAUAAACUGGACAUGAGAUGUACUGAAAGAUUACUAGUACAAGCAAUAUCCUCUUGAUGAAUUUAAUUUUUUUUUCUGUUUAAUGAGCUGUAACUAGAAAAUUUAUUUUUUAAAAUUCAAAUAAAUGUUGAAAAUGUACUGUUUGUAUUACUGGUAUUUCAUGAAUAAUUAAAAAGUUACAUUUUAUUUUUUUUAAAAGAGAAAUGCAUGCUAUUCACUAAUUAAGGUUCACUUUUUGAAAAAGGGCUGUGACAUUUUUGCAUAAUUUCAUUUCUCCAGACUCACUCUUGAAAUUUAUUUUUUAUUUCUUUAAACACUAAUUUUGUUUUUUUUAAAUUCUGCAAGUGCAAAGGGUCUUUGUUUGCAUUUGAACUGACUUACUUUUUAUAAAUUUAUUUUAAUGUGUUUAAAUUUAGCUUUGAGGAAAGUAGGUUAGUUAUAGUACCUAGUAAUAAUUUCAUUUGGCUUAUUAUUAACAUUCUGUGCUUAAACUGGACUUACUACUAGAGGGAAACUUUGAUAACUUUAUAUUUAAUUAUGAUCUUGUACAUUUUUUUCCCAUUAAUGCAGGGCUUUUAAAUAAAAGAAAAAAGAAAAUCUUCUAAACCAAAUGAAUUCAUCACCUAUAUAUAAUAAACUUUUAAAAUGAUGUAAUGCAACUUAUACAUCGAUGGUCUUUAUUAAAAAUCAUUAAGUAUGACAGAUAUUAACACUAUUUUUUUCCGUUUAAAAAAGGAUGGAAGGACUUUUUAAUGUAUUGUUAAAGUAACUCCUUACAGUUAACAUGCAUUAAAUAACUGUUUUGAUGUCCUUUUUCAUUCAUUUGCACACAUAUCUGAUUAGUUUUGUUAUUGUUUUAAAUGGGUGAGAUUCCUAAGUUACCCUUUUUUUUAAAUAAAUUAUUUAUUAACCUUACAGAUCUGAUGAAGGGAAAGCACCUGGGGCAUUUAGCAUAAUAGGUUGUGCUGUUGUGUACUGUAUGGUAGCUCCUUCUCUUGGUUUUGUGUGUACAUAUCUACAUUAUAUACAAAUAGUGUGGAAUAAACAUCCUUUUAAAAAAAAGAAGAAGAACUAGCUUUGUUGUUUUUCUUUGGAAACUUGUAAAAAAAAAAUGGUAUUAAUCAAUGAAUAAUUAGCCAGAUUCACACUGAAUUGAGGAUUUUUAUUAAAUUAAUGAGUUUGGGCGUGAGAGGGAGUCAUAAAUGGAGCCGGGUACAUAAAUGAUUUAAAUUGUACUUACAUUUUAAUUUACUGUCUGGCAAAAUGUGCAUAAGGAAGAGACAAAAUAAAAUUGCAUUGUUUUUUUCUUAACAACUUACACUCAAAUUUUAAUUAACAAGGUGCAUCAGAGGUUGACUGCACAAAUAUUCUACUGACUGACCUAAAAUAGUGAUUGCUAAAGAGUGUGAGAAGCUUGGCAGCUAACCACGUUGAAAUGCAAGUACCAUAUAGUGCCGUCUUGAUCUUUGACAUUGUUGAUUCACAUGAGACUCUGUUCUCAGAUCUUCACUUUUAAGUCAGUUAUAAGCUGUAUUGUAAGACAAUACUACGGACAAAAACAAAGCAAAAUGUUUUUUUAUCAACUGCUUAACUAAGAGAAAAUAAUUCUAAACUAUUUCUUUAUCUUACUGCAUCAAUGCUGGAUAAGGUGAGUUUACUAUUCGGUACAAAUUUAUUACCAUUACUACUCCUAACUAACACGAUUAACUCUAAUAACAUAAGGGUUUAUCCUUAACUUUCCUGUGAACAAUUCUCUGCAUAAAAUGUGAAUUACAAAUUACAUUACAUAUUGUGAGUGCUCUUUAAAAUCCACACAAUUUCUGUUUUUGCUUUACUCUAACCAAACCAUAUUAAUAUUUUGUGCUGUGAUGAUAGUUUACCUUUAAUAAAAUCCAUUUUAUUGCUUUUCUUUUGAAUCAAUUAAAUAAUCCAUUUAUAUUUUUAACUGUUUGUACAAUUAUCAUGUACGAUGAUGUAGAUGUACCGUAUCAGGAACCAAUUACCUGUCAAAUGUGUGAAAACUGCUUCAAGUUGCAUGUUCAUGCAUACAUGUUGAUAUGUGGUGCAUUUUUUAACUGAACUAAAUAGUUGGGACUUGUUUCCAGUCUACUUCAUUUUCAAUUAACAGUUGUGAAUUUCUUAUAACAUGUUGUACUUCCACCUUUUAAAUGCAACUUUGUAUAUAUUAUUAAUUUUCAUGACGUAUUUCCUAUCCCUACCUAUGAGAAUGUUACUAUGUUGUUAAAUUUGCCACCAAUAAGAGUAAAAGAAUAAAACAUAUUGUUUAGACUGUUUCUAACAAUUUUUAUAACAUAACAUUUUUGUGAUAGAUAAUUCUUCUACUCAUUUUUAUUUUAUGUUCAAAAAUAAGAUCGUUAUAAAAAUGUUUAGUAGUGACACCUAUUGCAUAUAUUAUAUUUACAGAAAAUAUACAUUUAAAUAUUUUUUGCAUAUUAUUGUUUUUCUACUUAUUUUCAGAGUUCCUUCCGGCUUGGAAAGCACAUCAACUACAAAACGAGCCACGGUAAUUAAUACAUUGACAGAGUGCACAAGAAUGUAAAGUUUUUACAAUUCACAGUUAUAUAUUAUUGUCAUUGUCUCAUUCCCAUUGUUUUAUUUUAGCAAAGUAAUUCUUUUUUUCUGUAAUCAGCUAUUGUAUGGUUUUUGGUAUAUUAUUUCAACAUUAGAAUUAUUUUACAAAGCAAAAUAUUCCAUUCCAUAUAAAUAUAGGAACGUGAAAGUGUUUGAAAGUAUUUCUUUGAAUUCUAACUUCUUGAGUAAACUUUUUUACGUACCGUACCAAAACAGCAUAUUAUUAAAUAUGCUAAUAUUUGAAAUUUUAUUUAGCAUGUUAAAGGGUGAUAUGUUAAAAGCCUUACCGAUAUUAAGACCGGUGUUCAAUAACAUUUUUAAAUAACCUUAUUUUUGUAUUACCAAACCGUAAUUAAAGUAAAGCACUAAACUAAAGUGGAAGCAUUGUUAUUGUUUAAGUUCAUUUAAAUUUUAAUGCCUUCCUUUG